ACCGAGUUCCGCUUCCGCUAAGCUAUAGUAAAUUAAAACUCGGGCAUAAAAUGUUCUGUGGAGUUAUGGAAACUUGGAAUUAAAUUGCAUUAAAUUCGUCUGAGGUACACUGAGACAGUUGAAUAAUACAUUCCUCACUAGCACGUUCAAUAUCAAUUAGACACUAGGGUCAAACCCCUUCAACUAACCCUUGUGAAUGCUGGGAUACUGCCCUUGACAGCAGCAAUGGCGUCCGCAACAAAAAUAAUUCAACGGAUCCGAAACUACUUAUCGGGGCAAGAUCUUCAGGCAAAGCUUCAGCUUCGUUACGGCGAGAUCGCAAAGAGGACUCAACCACCCCCCAAACUUGCAGUUGGACCUAGCCACAAGUUUGCCCAUAAUUACUACUAUACCCGAGAUGGGCGCAGGGAGUCUCAGCCACCAACCGUAGUGAUGUCUGCGCAAAAGGCUUUGGCAGCUGGCAGCGAAACUCCAGCGGUACCGGAGAAGCGUGCAGUUGUGCCUGGGCCUUUCCUGAAGGAAUUGCCACUGUCUACAGACCAACCAUACCUUUGAUGUCCUAUGAGUCCCAUGCUAUUUAUCAGUCAACCAUACCAUCUCAGAAUAGUUUGACCAAUUCACUUAUUCGAUGACUCAAGCUGUAUUCUGAAUACUGUUGUACUUUUCUGUUUUCUCUUCACAUGUAAUAAUAAAGUAUCCUGUCCUUGAA